GAAAGUUAUCUGCUAUCUUCAAAGACAAAAAGUUCAUUUAACAGCGCCAGUGAUUUCUUGAUUAGUUCUACGCCCAUCGCAUCACAGCCGCAACCAUGGAAGCACUCAAGAACCUCUCCCUCACAACCGGCACCUCCAUUAAGGAAACCAUCUUUCCCACCGCCAAAAUUUUAGCCCCCUACCUUCAAAAGAACCGCGACUCCAUCCUCUCGGUUCCCCGCAGCACUCACACAUACGGUUCUCACACCCGCCAAACACUCGAUCUCUAUCCCUCGACCACCGCCUCCAGUACCUCUCCCAUCCUCAUCUUCUUCUACGGCGGUGGUCUCACUCGCGGUGAUAAGAUUCUCGAUGUCCCAAUUCUUGAUAAACUCGUUUAUCACAACUUGGGCGCUUUUUUCUCAAAACAGGGAAUCACAACUAUCCUUCCCGAUUAUCGACGCGUGGACAGCGAGACAGGUGGUGAAGGGGCUGUCUAUCCCAGUGGAGGCGAAGAUGUAUCGGCCGUUCUCCGUUGGCUUUCCAAGACCGAUCUAUUAGACGGCAAAGGAAAUAAAAAAGACGUAUAUCUAAUGGGAAACUCCGCAGGCGGACUCCACAUUGCUACAUAUCUCCUCGAGUCCCGCUUUCUCGAGGAGAGAAAAUCGUGGCAGGGGGAGGAAGCCAAUGUAUUACUGAAAGGGGCAGUAGAGGUAGGAGUACCAUUUAGUUUCGAGGAAGCAUUGGCUGGUCGUAAAGACAUGCUAGAGAAAUAUUAUGGAAGUGAUGAGAGUGUUCUUGCGAAAUGUCCUUCUGGGUUGCUAAAAGCGGUAGGAGAAAGUAAGAAAUCAAGGGAGGAAUUGGGAAUUCCGAAUUUGUUGGUUAUGAAUUCGGAGUAUGAUCCUGUGGAUGAGAUUUUAAACCCCAAUGAUGCUUUUGUGAAGCUAGGAGAAGAGAUAUGGGCGGAGAAGAUUGAGGUCAUUAAGAUUCAAGGUCAUAAUCAUAUUAGUCCACCGAUGGCUUUAAGCACUGGAGAAGGAGAGGAAUGGGGUGAGCAGGUGGCGACAUGGAUUAAAGGAAAUGCUUAGAGUUUUAACAAUAGAUACAUCCAUCUAUUUUAUCCUGCA